CAAAUAUCCGAGUCGUUCAACAACGCAUCAGUUAAAAUAAUUUCUUUCUAUGGAGUCCGCGCGCGUUUCCUUCAAUCAUUAAGUUCCCAUCGAAAAUAACCUCAAAAGCAAACGUCAAAGUCAAAGUGAAAUAAAACAUUUAAAAAUAAGAUAUUAUUAGUGUUUAAAGGUUUAAAAUUAUCAAUAAAAGAUGGGUCAAAAAGUAACAAGAACCGAUUUCGAAUGGGUUUACACCGAAGAACCACACGCAAGCCGGCGAAAAAUAAUUUUAGAAAAAUAUCCGCAGAUUAAAAAACUUUUCGGGUAUGAUCCCAAUUUUAAGUGGGUCGUUUCCUUAAUGGUUUUAAUUCAAAUAGUGAUGAUGUUUGUGAUGAAAGAUCGUUCUUGGCCGAUAAUACUCUUAGUUGGAUAUUGUUUUGGAGGUGUUAUUAAUCACUCAUUAAUGUUAGCAAUUCACGAAAUUUCGCAUAAUUUAGCUUUUGGGCAUAGCAAACCGAUGCAUAAUCGCCUGUUUGGAUUUUUCGCAAAUCUCCCGAUUGGAAUUCCAAUUUCAGUUAGUUUUAAGAAGUACCAUUUAGAGCAUCAUCGAUAUCAAGGUGAUGAACUCAAAGAUACCGAUAUUCCGACUUAUCUUGAAGCGAAGCUUUUUAAUACAACUUUCGGAAAGUUUAUUUGGGUGCUCCUCCAACCGUUUUUUUACGCUUUUCGCCCGUUGGUUACUUAUCCGAAAGCCCCGAUUCUACUCGAAGUGAUUAACGCAAUUAUUCAGAUAAUUUUUGAUGCGAUUGUGGUUUAUUUUUUUGGGGGGAGAGUUUUGGGUUAUCUUUUGUUGGGGUCUUUGAUGGCGAUGGGGUUGCACCCUGUUGCGGGGCAUUUUAUAUCGGAACAUUACAUGUUUAAGACGGGGUAUGAAACUUAUAGUUAUUAUGGGCCGUUGAAUUGGAUUACUUUUAACGUUGGUUAUCAUAACGAGCAUCAUGAUUUUCCCGCGGUUCCUGGGUCAAGACUUCCGGAGGUUAGAAAAAUUGCGCCGGAAUUUUACGAUAAUCUUCCACAUCAUGAUUCUUGGAGUGCCGUUCUUUACGAUUUUGUGAUGGACCCUGAUGUUGGGCCGUAUGCGAGGAUUAAAAGGAAAGCGAGGGGGUUGUCGACGUAAAUUAUUUGAUAUUUAGGGUCACCUCGAAUAAUUAAAGUGUACAUAUAAAGUAUAUGUAAUUUAUAAAAAUAUAUACAUGUGUCGUAUCUUCCGCAACAGAGCAUUAAGGGUUGAAGGAUGCAUUAUUUUGAAGCGAUUCGUUGAAGCGGUUAUUAUAAACAUUUAAAAAAAAAUUUAUUGGAAAAAUUGCUUCAGAAUAAUGUAUCCUACACCCGUAUAAUGCUCUGAUGCGGAAGAUACGGGACACGGUGCAUAUUAUAUUUUUUAACUCAUUUUUUUCAUAUUCAAAGAUAUUAUGUAGUGAUCUGUAUUAGGAUUAGAUCUGAUUGAAAUAAAUUAAUUCUUUUCA